AUGAAAGAAAUUAAAGAAAGUAUAAUAUUAAACGAAUUAAAAAAAUAUGUUGAAUUGCUGGACGAGCAUUAUUUAACAUUAGAGAAUAAAAAAGCCGAGGGCGAAGACGAUAACAAAUUAUUAUUAAAAGUUAUAAAGAAUGUUAAAAAAUUGAUAGUUAGGAAGUCCAACCAGUUAACAAGUUUAAAAGAGGAGGAAAGCCAUGAUGUAGCCGAGUUUAAAAAGUUG